AUGCGCGGGAUUGAGAUAAAAGAAUACGUCAAGGACCCGUCAGAGCUUACGGUGUCCGAGUUGCGAGACCCGACGCCCAAGGAGGACGACUAUCUCAUCCAGGUGCGCGCCUCGGCCGCCAACUUUUUCGAUAUUCUCCAGGUUCAGGGUCGCUACCAGAACCAGCCUCCGUUUCCAUGGAUAGCCGGCGCUGAGUUCGCCGGUACCAUCAUCUCUACGCCGUCGGGAGGCACGAGGAACGAGCCUCCCCGGUUCAAGCCUGGGGACCGCGUCUUUGGCGCUGCCCAGGGCGCCUUCGCCACCAAGGUCUGCGCAAAGGAGGCUGCCUUGCUACCCGUGCCGGAUGGCUGGUCGUUCCAGGAGGCCGCUGGCUUGUUCGUCACGGCGCCGACGAGCUAUGGCGCCCUCGUCUUGCGAGCCCAGAUCAAACGGGGCGACCACGUCCUCGUCCAUGCUGCGGCCGGAGGCGUCGGUCUCGCUGCUGUGCAGGUCGCCAAGGCCUUUGGAGCGACGGUCAUUGCGACCGCAUCGACGGUCCGUAAGCUGCAAAUCGCCAAAGACUUCGGCGCCGACCACGCAGUUUCCUACACGGACCCUGAAUGGCCCGCCAAGGUCAAGGCCCUGACGCCUGAUGGGCGCGGCGUCGACAUCGUCUACGACCCCAUCGGCCUCGUCGACAAGUCCACCAAGUGCACGGCUUGGAACGGACGAAUCCUCGUCGUCGGCUUCGCUGCUGGACACGUCGAAAAGGUGGCCAUGAACAAGGUGCUUUUGAAGAACAUCUCUCUAGUUGGCAUCCACUGGGGCGCUUUCGCCCUCCAUCAGCCCGACGUGAUCCCCGUUGUCUGGCGGGGCAUCAUGGCGCUGAUUGCCCAGGGCAAGCUGAGGGGGACCGUCUACACCGAUCACGAGUUUGUCGGGCUGGAGAGGGUAAAGGACUCGCUGCAGGCCUUGAAGGGGCGAGGGACCUGGGGCAAGGUCGUCGUCGUCAUCCCCCCGGACAAUCCAAGUCGACUGUAA